GCCUUCCCAGGUUAAGCAGCCAGCCCGAAGCCUCGUCUGUCUCUAAAGGAAGCAGUGCAAUCCUGAACUGUGAAGUGAACGCUGACCUUGUGCCGUUUGUGAGGUGGGAGCAGGAGCGGCAGCCAGUCCUCCUGGAUGAGCGUGUGUUUAAGCUGCCGAGCGGAGCUCUCAUCAUCAGCAAUGCUACUGACAUGGAUAGAGGCCUCUAUCGCUGCGUCAUUGAGAGCGGGGGAACCCCCAAGUACAGUGAUGAAGCAGAGCUCAAAGUUCUGCCAGAUCCAGAGGAGCCGCAGGACUUGAUGUUUGUGAGACAGCCCUCUUCACUUACGAAGCUUGUUGGGCAAAAUGCAGUUUUCCCAUGUGUUGCUGUAGGAUUUCCAGUUCCAUAUAUCAGGUGGACAAGAAACGAAGAAGAGCUUAUCACAGAAGGCUCUGGAAGGUUUCUUCUGCUUGCGGGGGGCAGCCUGGAGAUCAGCGAGGUUACAGAACAGGAUGCGGGGACCUACACCUGCAUAGCAGACAAUGGAAAUGACACCAUUGAGGCUCAAGCAGAACUUACAGUUCAAGUUCUUCCUGAGUUUCUGAAGCGGCCAGCAAAUAUUUAUGCUUAUGAAUCUAUGGACAUUGUCUUUGAGUGCGAGGUGACUGGAAAACCUACUCCAACUGUGAAAUGGGUCAAGAACGGAGACAUGGUUAUCCCAAGUGACUAUUUCAAAAUCAUUAAAGAACACAAUCUGCAAGUUUUGGGUCUGGUGAAAUCAGAUGAAGGAUUCUAUCAGUGCAUUGCAGAAAAUGACGUCGGAAAUGCGCAGGCUGGAGCCCAGCUGAUAAUACUUGACCUUG